AUGCUGAAACGUUGGCGUUUGACGGUGCACCCGUAUGAAAAUGACAGCCGUUUGACCGUUGUAACGAAGAUUCCCUGCGAAGAAGAAAACACCAGCGACCGAUCGCCGGAACCGGUGACGCCUGACCCGAUUGCGGCUAGCAGCGGAAGUACCAUGGCUUCAAGUCUGGAACGCAGUCUGGAGUUAGCUGCCAUUCAUUCAGACGGUCUGUCGGACAAGGAGCGCCGAGUUCGUCAAGUGAAGAACACGAUAUGGGGCCAAAGAAAGUCGUUCAACGGUACCUCCAGCACUUCGUUCCCGGUCGUCACCGAAACUAGCAGCGGUACUGAUUCGGAGGAACAGACGGCGAUCGUCUGA